AUGAAAGAAAAGAUAAGAAUUUACCAAGUUGAAGCAAAUGAUAUCAUCAUUUUAAUCGUUAACAGCAUCAGCUGUCCAUUCACAGUUGUACUUAACUUGAUGGUGAUAAUGGCUGUGAAAAGAAGGCGAAGACUUCAGACCACCAGCAACAUCUUGCUUGCCUGUCUAGCCGCAACUGACACUUUAACUGGUCUCAUAACGCAGCCAGCGUUUAUUCUGUGGAGAACACUCGAAAUGACUGGUGUGAUAGUGUACAGUACAGCAUACACGAUCCACGUGAACGCAAUAGGGGUCCUUUCUGUAUGUUCGUGUCUUCAUCUUAUGUUAGUAACUGGCGAGCGGCUCGUAGCGAUCAAAUUUACCAUGCACUACCCAUAUAUUGUUACAACAGAAAAUAUUAAGAUAGCAGUUACCUCAUGUUGGAUCCUUUCUGUCAUUUUUCAGGUCCUCAAAGCUUUUAAAUCGACAACGGAUGCCUCGGUCUUUUUCUCCAUUCUAGUGUUGGGGUCUUGUAUCGUUUUUGUGGCCUCUGCAUACGUUGCUUUGUAUUUUGAAGUACGAAGACAUGAAAAAUUGAUCAAAGGUCAGCAGAUGCCUCAAGAAGAAACAGAAAGUUUCGCUAAAGAGAACAAAGCACUUAAGACAUCUGUAUAUGUAGUCGGUGCAUUAGUGCUGUGUUUCGCACCCGUUGUUGCUGUUGGCUUAACAUUUAAAAUAACCGAACGAAAAGAGGUUGCUCUGAUGUUCGGGUGGGUGCGUACGAUUGCCAUGUCAAAUUCUCUUCUGAAUCCACUAUUGUACUGUUGGCGGCAAAAACCACUGAGACAAUAUAUAUUUAAAACGACAAUGGUCGUUCAUCCCGUCGAGUAAAAAAACCGUUUAAUGACAGCAGGUAGAGAGGAUACGUCCGCUGAUGUAAAUAUGAAAAUGUUGCAAAUUUUUCAGGUAAAAUAGGACUAGGAGACUAGCUAAUUGUAAAAUAGGAGUUUCAACGUUAAAGUAAGCUGUGCCAGUGAGUGAAAAUGAGGGAUGUAUAUUGAACUUGGAAAAAAAUAAGAUUACUAAAAGUCAGAGUGCAAUAAAAUGACGCUAAAUUCUACUUAUAGUUCAGCUACGCGCUCCGGGUUAAUCUUCGUUCGUUUCAGCGAUCGUUUGGAAAAAUUACCACGAUUCAUAUAUACGAUUCACCUAUUACUUUUUUUUUUUCAUGAUUUUAAAGUCGAGCUUGCUUUAGCAGCGAGACUCCAAAAAUACAAGCGUUACAUCAUCAUCAUCAUCAUCAUCUUCUUCUUCUUCUUUUUCUCGUGUGUGCGCGCCAAAAGGGGGGGGGGGGAGGGUCAUGGUCCCAGGAGCGAGUCUUAGCGGAGACUGUGGAAAUUGGGGAUAAGAAUCGCGGCAUGACGAGCGCCAUGCAAUGCAUUUGUUUUGUGAAGAAUGCUUAGGAAAGAUUAAUGCAAAAGAUGUCGAGCUUUUCCGGAACGGGUCGGUCCACGAACUCUAUCGCUUGAAAGCGUUGGUUACUUUGGAACAAGAAGUGAAUACUUAGUGGUCGGAAAAAAGAAGAAUUUUUUAUAAUGAGCAAAACUUCGAUCGAUUGGUGAGGCUAACUGGUUGGGUGUUGUAAAAUUUCCUUGUAUGCAAAUGAGUCUUGUGAUGAGCAUGCGGUUUAUUUUCGGCGAUGUUUGAAAUGACACGCCAUGUUCAUCACGUUUUUGCUGUUUGGCAAUAAUAUAAUUUCUGUCGAAUCGAGGCACUUGAUUCGUACUCAAUCAAUUCAGAAAAAAAUCUUCGAAUACGAUGUGAAAAGUAAAUAUUCUGAAGAAUACUCGACCGUCGACAAAGUUAGGACGUGAAAAACUUUUAGCAGUGAAAUCCUGUUUUGUGUGUAAUUGAUCGCCUCCUCAUUUCUUUUGAUCUCCAAGCAAGCUCGACUCAACGCUUUUAAGAGCGUUCCUGUUUUUUGUUUUUGAAAUCCUUACCGCUUUAUUUCAUUGCCGCAAGGAGAAGCAGAAAGAUUCCUCAAAGAUAACAAAACGCUGAAGACAAUUGUAUAUGAAGUCUUUGCUUUAGUCGUGUGUUUUGUGCCCUUAAUUAUUUCAACUCAGUUUCAAUGUUCUUCUAAAAGAUAGGGAGACAAAAAGAGUCAGCUAAUUACCUUUCAAAGGUCCCGCACGUUUGCUAUUUUGAAUUUGCUUCUGAAUCCAUUUAUUUACUCAGGGGCACCGUACCCAACGAGAAUAUAGCUCAAAACCACUGAAACAUAGCAUUGUUAAACAUAUUUUAGUAUUUAAACGGUAGAUAUAGGCGUAUUUUUAUCCCCUAAAAUUAUUCAUCUGUUAGGAUUUCCUAGCUAAACGUCUAGUGAUAGGAAAAUCAUCAAAACUUACGUUUUCAAAAAUUUCAGCCAGAAAGAAGGCUCCCGAAAAUUCUAGGUGACCUUUUUAGGGUAAAAAUCCGUUAAAAAUGGCGAAUUAUACCAUUUUUUAGAUAUUCGAAAAUACUAGGAGAGGCAGGCAAGCAAGAAAUUUUACAACAAAUGUUCCGAAAAUUCUAGAUCUCAAAUCGUCUUCCGAACAGAUAUUUUUCGAAAAUUGACGUUGGGUGCCCCUGUUUACUGUUGGAGGCAGGAAGAAAUGAGAAAAUUUGUUUUCAAAACGAAAACGCAGGUUGUUCAGCCCGUUAUGUGACAAACUUAGCAUAACUAAGUUAAGGAUAUCCUGUACCAACAUCUAAAUACUACCAAAGGCGUUUCUCUAAAUCCAUAUUAUACAAAAGUGUUGUCAUUGGGGGUAUAUGUUAAUCAGUGAAAAAAAAAGAAUUAAUAAAAAAAAUUAAAAUUAAGAAAAACUUAAAAAAUCCAAAGCAAAGUUAAAUUUAUAUAUAACAUCCCUGUUAUGUUUUAACAGUUACACGUUUGAGUACGUAAAUGCAGCCGAAUAGACUGUAUACAAGUUAUACCACACAAUAUGUUUACUAAUUGUCUUUAUAGUUAAUAAAGAUAAUUCUUUAAAAAGGAUAUACUACUAGGUGUUUUUACUGAGUAGCGCCCCCAAAUGUUCGAAACUUGAAAACCGUCAAAAAUUGUUAAUUGCACAGAUUAGCAGGAGGCAGAAGCCUCUCUUCUGUCUUUCCCCUUCCCAUCGUGCCCCGUGUGCUUUCUUUUUCUUUCUCCCCAGCCUCCCUGCGACACAAAGAGUCCUCUGAAGAGGAGAGACGGGGAGUUAUGUCACCUGUUGCAUAACAAGUUUGCCGCGGGCUGGUAAAAAGCACAAAAUGUACUGAUUCACAUGUGGGUAGUCAGGGUUUAUUCUAGAACUUGGCCAGUGAGGGUCAAAUGGACCCCCUUCUGUAAUUUUAGGGGGCCCUUUUUCAAGAAAGGGGGUCCCCCAGAAGGGAUUUGGACUUAUUGGUACAGACUGUUUCAUUGAGAAAACGAACGUUGAUUGAAUUUAUCAUUAAUUUUUUACAGACUUGAAAGUACUGAACAUGAGGUUAAAAUGACUCUGAUGCUUUAACGUAAAUGAAAAAGCUUUUGCUUCAAAGUUAGUGGAAAGUUUGUUUGCUAGGGAAGGUCAGUCACUCACUCUAGCUCGCACCUCGACGCCCCUUUGCGCCGUUGCAGCUAUGCAAGAGUAUUUUCUCCUAGUUAGGCCUCAGCAUGGACCUUUGUUUUAUUUCGCAUCAGGUCGCGAUCGUUAUAAUUACCUCACCCGGGGCAUCGUAUCCGACCUCCUUAGGGAUAGUGCUAGGGUUGCUGGCCUACCUUAUCAAAGCCUAAAAGGGCAUAGCUUUCGCAUCGGUGCGGCCUAUCCGUUGCAGCCGCCGCCGGCUUGCCAGAUUGGCUUAUAAAAGUUCUUGGUCGCUGGUCCUCGGACUGUUACCAGCUGUCUAUCAGAACUCCUCAAUCUACAUUAGAGUCUGUGGCUCCCAGGAUGGCUAUUGUUCCUGGACGCUUCCAGCCAAUCUAGCUGCCAUUUUUUCUACUUGUUUAUUCGUUUUCUCGUUUGGGCUUGGAGGGAUGCAUUGCCUCGCAUGCAUCAGUGGCGGUUAAGUCUGCGCAGCUACUUCCCCCAAGCUUGUUGGCCGCGUUGCCGUUUAAUAUCGCCUGCAAGCCGAUACUCUUGUCCGAUCCAGCGCGUGCUGUAUUUCAUUCAGCUCGUAGUGCUGGGGAGAUAAGUGAGGUUCUUUGGUCACGCCAUCGCCGGAAGUCGCACAGGCUAACCUAGCGCAAGGCACUGCUCCCCCAUUAACGCCAACUUGUCAUUAUUUGUUUUUAUAAUUUAGUUACUGCGUUUAACAUGCAUCGCAAAGGAACAGAGACAUUAAUAAUGAUAAUCACAUGACUUUUGUCGCAUAUAGUUUAUUUGUGUCCCUCGUAGUAGCAUCAUUUGCACACUCGCGAUCACUCGCAAAUGAUGCUACUCGGGCCGCAAAAAAGCUAUGACCUCCAAACGUCAUGUGAUUGUCCUACUAAAAAAUUAAACGUGCUUAUUUGAUCAGACAGCAGAGCUUUUUUCCUGUAGAUCAUCAAAUCAUAUUCGUAUUACAACAAGACAACAAAGAGCUUUAUUUGCAUGACCAUAAAAGUACCCUGACAGUAUUACAAAAGCUAUUUCAAGAACCAACUUUAACCACACCUGAUCUUGUCACAUUUUAUGAAUUCUACGCUUUAAAAAUCGACCAUUCUUUGUAUCUAAAUCAUUUCGAACUUUUUAAUUUACGGUGACCUGAUUAUUCUUUGUUUCCAUUAACUUCACUAGUUGUAUCAUAAAUUAUGUUAUUCAGCCGCAAGUUUUUAAUUACCGUGAUAUAAAUAACCUUGUGAACAUUUGUUAAUAGCGGCACAUUGCCUUCUCAGUAAUUAAUUAAGCCCUGAAAAUUCAUGUUAACAGCUAAAAUUUGCUGGUGGAGUCAUUUGUUUAACGUUUUUCAAGAUGGCCAAGCCAACCUCAGAAUGGUGCUAUAUAUCUUGGUACAUGUAGGAUAUACAUAUAUAUGGGAACAUUAUUAACUUCACAUGUUAAAAUCACGGGGCUUCGUGCCAACAUUAAAAACUAAUAAAGCUGCCAGAUGACCAUAGAAAUGAGGCAAGGUUCCUUUUAAUAUUCUCAUUAUUUUCAUAUAUCGUUUUAACUGGCUUAUAGGCAAAUCCAGUCGCAAGGAUAAAAAGUGGUUUUUAAAUAGAUAUAAUGGAUUUCAAUGAAGCGUGGUAAAAUUGAUCCACAACACAGGUGACUGAGAACUCUUGGUCAAGAGUUUGUUAUAAAACGUGUGAUUAGAAGGCAUCGUGAACUUUGGGGAAACAAAUAAAUUGCUGUUUGCCAAAGCGUCUCAGACAAGCUUUAAAACCCACUGGUUUAAAUUCUACAAACUUGACAAGGAUGCCUACAGGAAAGUCCAGAGAAAAGUUAGCAUUCACCCUGUAACUGUAAAAUGGGCCAUUGCAGUAAAAGAAAGAGAUAGAGAAAGCAACAGUAAUAGGAAAAAGAAAGCAAAAAAGCCUCUUAUAACUUCAAUACUCACGUAAAUUGGCGCUCAAGCGAAGCAGGUUUAACUUAGAUCAAGUUUGUAUGCCUAAUAAAAAUACGGCCUGUGUCUAUUAGCAAAUGAGGGAAACAAAAAUUUCUGUAGACGUGUACAGUGGAGAGCUUACUACGAUUUUUUUUUCAGAAUCAACUUACAGGUGCAAUUUGUAAAGUGUUAAACGAAAUUGCAAUAACGUUGUGACAGAAGAUAGACAAGUGAAAAAAGGUCCGAGGAUAGAAAUUUAAUAGGCACGCAUGGAUCCCGGGAAGGCAUUCGCAAGCUCCCCAAUUGAAAGGAGAAAUGUAGCACAUAGGUUUUAAUUCCACAUAAUGAGAAGAGAGAGCCUAGUAAUUUCCCUGGUUAAAGGCUAGUUUUCACUCUUAGCGACGGAAUCGGAGCAGUCGUAAUCAGAAGCGUCAGGGAACUUUACGAUCUAGUAAAAACAGCGUUCUGAUUCCGCUUACGACUCCGUCGUUUACGAUCAAUUGAAAACUGGGUCGUCGGAGUCACAAACAGAAGCGGAAGCACUAAACCAAUCAAAAAAGCGUGGGAACAGGCAUUGUGAUUGGUUUAUCCUUCUGUUUCUGCUUCCAACUCCGACAAUCUGGUUUUCACUAGAUCGUAAAGGACGGAGUCAGAAGGGGAGUCAGAAGAAAAUGGAAACGUUCAAUUCUGAUUCUUCCGACUCUUAUUCCGUCGCGUUUAAGACUACGAUUUUCACAAUGUCAUAAGCGCUUUCAAGACUCCGCUUGUGAUUCCGACUUCGACUCCUUGUAAUAUUGAAUUUAAUUGUUACAGCCUCUUGUCCCUUAACGUAUCUAUUUAACGUGUGGGCUAUAAUCAGUAAAUCGUUUACUUUAUGCGUUUUUCUGAAAGCGUUGCCUUUAGCGUUUAUAGCGCCGGAGACUUGGCCACACGCUACAACAUAUAUACUUUAGGACGGUAAACCAUUUUAUUUAAUGGUCUUUAAUUUUAUGAUGAAACCUUGUUUAUGUGAAACCUUUGUUUCAGUAUAUGAGGCCGAUAAGUAUAAAUUUAAGUAAUAUCGUCAUCAUGCUUUUAUUUUUGUACUUUCCAUUUGAUUCAUAUUUUCUUUUAAAUUACACUACUCAUGGCAAGACUAAUUCCAGAUAAAAAGGCGGCUUUUUUUGAAAAGCGGCUGCUUUGUGAUCUAGACAAAAGAAAGCGUGGAUCAUUUUACCAGGAGUACACAUGCUCUGUCUUAUAAAGGCAUCGGUUGAAUUGAGAAUUCUACAUUUGGAUUUUGAGGAACAGUCGAAGAGAUUUUUCAGAAGCGUCUCAAAUUAGCAAGUCUCUCUGGUCGAAGACUUCAAUCAUGACUAGCCCUCUUUCAAACGCCACCAUAAAAGAAAAGAUAAGAAAUUCACCAAGUUGAAGCAAAUGAUAUCAUCAUUUUAAUCGUUAACAGCAUCAGCUGUCCAUUCACAGUUGUACUUAACUUGAUGGUGAUAAUGGCUGUGAAAAGAAGGCGAAGACUUCAGACCAACAGCAACAUCUUGCUUGCCUGUCUAGCCGCAACUGACGCCUUAACUGGUCUCAUAACGCAACCAGCGUUUAUUCUGUGGAGAACAUUCGAAAUGACCGGUGUGAUCGUGUACAGUGCAGCAUACACGGUCCACGUGAAAGCAAUAGGGGUCCUUUCUGUGUGUUCGUGUCUUCAUCUUAUGUUAGUAACUGGCGAGCGGCUCGUAGCGAUCAAAUUUACCAUGCACUACUUACAUAUUGUUACAACAAAAAAUAUUACGAUAGCAGUUACCUCAUGUUGGAUCGUUUCUGUCAUUUUUCAGGUCCUCAAAUCUUUUAAAUCGACAGUGGAUGCUUCGGUAUUUUUCUCUCUUCUUGUGAUAGGAUCUUGUGUCGUUUUCGUUGCCUCUGCAUACGUUGCUUUGUAUUUUGAAGUACGAAGAUAUCAAAAAUUGAUCAAAGGUCAGCAGAUGCCGCAAGAAGAAGCAGAAAGAUUCGCUAAAGAGAACAAAGCGUUGAAGACAGCUAUAUAUGUAGUCGGUGCAUUAGUGCUGUGUUUGACACCCGCUGUUGCUGUUGGGUUAACAUUUAAAAUAACGGAACGAAAAGAGGUUGCUCUGCUGUACGCGUGGAUUCGCACGAUUGUCAUGUCAAAUUCUCUUCUGAAUCCACUGUUGUACUGUUGGCGGCAAAAGCAACUGAGACAAUAUCUAUUUAAAACCACAUUGGUCGUUCAUCCCGUCGAGUAA